UUAAACGAAUUUGUUUUCAGAUAAUCCCUGUGGGUUUGUCUCCCUGAGAAAUGAACGUGUACUGGAGGGCGGUAAUAUAAAUUUAGAAUAUUAUCCGUCUAAAACUGCAACGGCAAACCCUGAUGAUUUUACUCUCGAGUUUGCUCUAUCAAGAAAUGGACAUACGACAUUCAGAAAAACUGAAGAUGUUUAUAACAAAAUAGAUAAGACAGACAAUGGGAUGAAAGUACUUACUAUUUCCAUGGCAAACAUCAGUAGGAACGGAUAUUACAGAGUAAAAUGUGGCGGCAAUGUGGGGUUUACAAAUAAUGUCUCAGUGACUGUACUAGUGAGACCAAGUGCGCCAGCAUUCAAAGGUCUACAGGACAUUGAUGAAUGUAAGGAAUGCAUUGUUGGUUCUGACAAAGAGUACAUUGAAGUUCAUUGCAAGACAAGUGGCGGGACGCAACCCAUUGAUGUUAAUGUGACAGUAGGAGACAAGCAAAUCAAUGCCCUGCAGCAUAAUACAUCGGUUUAUAAAGCACUUAUCACACUUAAUAACAGUUACCACAAUACAACAGUCACUUGUGCUGUAAUGAAUAGUGCGUUAACAUCACCAUUAUUCACAACUGCCAAAGUGUAUGUUAUUAAGCCUCCUGCUAAAGUUGUGUUAUCAACACCAAGUUUUAUUAAAGAAGGAAGUCCUGUUAAUAUCACAUGUCAGAGUCAAAACUCAAGACCUUCUCCGAUUGUUUACUUAACCAUUUCCGGUGUAAAUGUGUCGCCUACUUACGUUAAUACAAUACCUACAUUCAAUAAAGAAACUUUGUUAUACAACAACACUACCACUUUGACAACAUUCAAACGAGAAUGGAAUAGGAAGGACAUCAUCUGUUGUAGUUGUCAUAAAUGGUACAACAUACCUAGAUAUUGUUCCAGUCAGGAACAAGUGAAAUUUCUGUUUCCUCCAUCUGACAUCAAACUUGAAAUCAAAUUUGACUCGGUAGAUCCACUUCAUAUGUAUGCUGUAUGUACACUGAACAAUUCAAAUCCGGUUUGCAGAGCUUAUUUCACGGCAGCCAGCAGAAUCAUCGGUUCAGAAAUGAACUCAAGUAACACGAGUCUUCUGCAUUGUGCGUGGAAAACAAAGUAUGUCGUUCACUUGAAUGUCAGUAAAGAAGACGAUGGUAAAGAAGUUACAUGUGCUGCCUUUUGUGCAGACUUCCAAGACAUGGAACUAAGAGACACAAAAACAAUAAAAGUCCCAUACCGCCCCGUCAUAAAGUUCGAUAUUUCUGGACCAAUGUUAAGUAUUACUAAAGGAGAAAAAGCACAAGUUAAAUGUAUAGCUGACAGCUAUCCCGCUUCUAAUAUAUCUUGGAUUGAGAUGACAAAUAAGAAAGACAAAGUCAAGAAGCAAUGUGAUUAUGAAAAGGAAUGUGUGUUAGACGUAAAUGCAGAUGUCAUCUCUGAACAAUACUUUAUGUGUGCGAUACGCUAUUUGCAAUUCCAAGAUUAUAAAACUUUGAUUGUUAAUAUCCACGAACCUGACAGUGUUGAUUUUAUAAAUGUGAUACUCAUUGCCGGAAUAUGUUCAGCGCUUCUUGUAAUAGUUGUCAUAGUUGUCUUAAUCAUCAGAGACAAGCGGAACAAUGAUCAAGCGAAACAUGACACAGUUCUUGAAAGAAACAGUCUUCCUUUGCGAGAAAAUGAAUAUAUUGAAACAACAAACGAUGUUGCCGAUGCAGACGAUCAGCAGGAAGUUACAUAUUCCCAACCAAUAAAGAAGCAAAAAGUUGCCACAGUGUGUGAUGAUACAUAUGCUGAAGUAGAUAAAACAAGAAAUAAAAAACAACCAGCUACAUGUUCAGCCACCGAGAGUCAG